GUGGAUUAUCCUUAAAGAGGAUCGGGCAAAGGCGAAGCGGGCAAAGAAGAACGAGGACAAGACCCGGUUUGGGAAGAAGAAGAAGAGAGGAAGAAUCGUAUCUCGCCUACUCACUCGAGAACGGUGUACAAUAAGAAUCGGCUAGAAGGAUCGUGUGCACGCACACGGACGCGAGACACGAGCGAAUACGCGGUAACAUCCCACGCCGGGCGACAUACGAGAGAAAAGUAGGGAGGCCGGAUCGGCGUUCUCCAGGCAAAAGAGUCGUGGUUCGCGUACGUCGUGGCAAUGGUAGUGACGGAGAGCAACGGUGUAUGGUGUGGUCACUAGGGCCAGCGAGCCAUCGUCGAUGCCACAUCGACUCGCGGUACCGGACGGAGAACAUCAAAACGAAUCUUUUCUCCCGCGUUUACCAUUAUAACGACGCGUUCUGUACCGAGGCACGCAGAUUUAACACACGUAUACGUUAUACGGAGACACGCAGAAAACGAGAAACAAAGAGACACAGUGGAAAAGGCGAAGAGUGUGUAUAAUCGUUGGUAUACACGGUAUAAUAGACCGAGCCUUGAGGGACGAAGAGAAACGAGUUUGCAAACGGGGCCGGUCGUAGUGAAGCUUCAGUCCGGCUCGAGUGAUCGCCGAGUCGCGUGUUUCCUAUCGUGAUAGAAAGUAAACAUACGGAUAGUUCUCGGUUUUUGUCUAUUUUCCUACGGUUUCGGUGCGCGACGCGAGUUUGCCCUUUGAAUCGUUACCUCGUGUUGUUGCACUCGCAUGAAAGAUCGGUAUACGACUGUGAAUACAAGUGAGUUAUAAUGACUAUACACAAGAAGACGAGUGGAAAGAGCAAGGGGAGCUCGAAGGAAGUCGCCACGACUUCUUCCAGUUCUUCGGAUAUGACAACCGUUGAGACGGUCGAGAUGGUAUCGUCGACGAGCGUGGUCGAGGAAGCGACACAGAUUAUGGAGAGCGAAUCUAGGAGCAGCGUCGUCGAGGUAACCAGCGCGAGUCGCGAGGUUAUCAUGGAUUCCAAGGGUAACGUAAUUAAGGUGAUCGAGUCUGCUCCUCAGACUGUUGGUCAAAGUACGUCUACAUAUAGAACGGGUAAGAGUUCUCAGGACUUUAUAGCGCAAGAACAGAUACAGUCCGUUAAACAGGGAAAAACUGUUCGUGACAGUCCACAAAAUGUUAAGGACGUCGAGGUACGUUCGGAUGGGCAUCGAGGAGAAACCUUGGAACAAGUUAGUAGAUCGUCCGAGAGUCGCAGCGAGUCUCGAGCAGAAACUAUUCAGAAAUCUAUAUCCUCUUCGAUGGUCGUGGAAACAUCGUCUUCGAUGGGAGAUUAUUACGAUCAGCUAUCAAAGUCGACGACUUCCAACGGUAUCGUGAACGGUGAUCACGCUCCCAGAAUACAUACGUCAUCAAAAUCGUACGAAAGCAAACAAGCCAGUAAAGAAACGUACGAAGAGACAACCAAGGAUGGAAAAACGUUCGCGAAUAUCUCGAGGAUUCACGAGUCAGGUGAAAAACUCGAUGACAAUGGUAGAGUAACAGCCACUCAGAGUCGCAUCAUUGACAAGGAGACCACGGUCGUACCCUCGGACGUAGGUCGAGUUAAACAUACGGAUGAUGUCAGAAUCGCCAGUAACAAGGUCAUCCUCGAUUCUUCCUCCAACGCCACUGUUAGCGAAAGCACAGCGAGGAGCAGCGUAAAAGCGGACAAAAUUAGCGACGUUGUCACGCGGUGCAACAAACCUGGCCAGUCUACGUGGGAUGGCACGUUUAUUAGCGAAAGUCCGACUAAAGACAAGGACAUCUCGAGAAACGUCGAUACGUCUCGAACAGACCGGGACAGUCUCGACAAGACAAAAGUAGAUCGCUUGAUGUCCAAAGUUAACACCGAUAAUGUACAAGAGAGCAUGUCGAGCAUUGAAAUCUCUGAGAGUUCGUUUAUCGAUCAGCGUUCAUCGUCGACGGUAAUACAGGACUCGAAAAUUAUCAUCGACGAGGGUCGUUCUAGCUCGACUAACAUCGAAAGUUUCGAUCGAAACGUUAACUCGAUCGGUCGCGACAUUCACGAACAGGUUUCUGAGGACACGAUCGAUUUUGCCGGAGGACAGAGGCAAGUUACGACGGAAGUAUACUCAAAAGGAUCGACUCGAUACACGAAACCUGGAGAGUCUACGUGGGACGGUACUUUUAUGGUGGAAAAAACACCAGAACCGAGAAAAAGAAACGUGUCAGAUGCUUCUGUCUUUCAUCAUCCUGGUGGCGACAAUGUUAUAGAAUCAACACAGAGAACGGAUUUCAAGGAGAAAAGUUCUGACGGAUCUUACGAAAAGAAAUCUUCGAACGUUGUCCACGUGGUACAAGGCGGCACGGACUCUUCGAGGUUCAUCUCGGAAGAACGCAAAGAUGUCACAGAGGAAAUUUACAUCGAUGGAAAACCUGUUAGUAAAACGGAGAUCUUGAGAGACAGAUCGUCGUCUACUAGAGGAGGAAAAAUUACGAGACCCGGUGAUUCAACGUGGAACGGACAAUUCGUAUACGAAAAACCACAGGAUGGCGGUAAGAAAUUAUCGAGUGAGAAAACUGUGGUUAGAACGAGCGCGAAAAGACACGAUUCCGUGGAUGUCCAAGACGUCACGGAGGAGCAGAAUAUCUCCAGUAUGUCAGAGUCUGUUUCGUCUUCGUACGUCGUGGAAUACGCUACAUCCACCGACGAGAAGAAAAAGACUAGCGAAAAGGUGACCUCUGUUUCUGAAAUAAUUAUGGAAGAAGAUUCCGGAGAUGGAGGUUCUCCUCGACGAUUAACUCCGGAAAAAUCAGUUACCCGUGACACUACUUCGCGAUGUUACAAACCUGGUCAAUCCACUUGGGAUGGCAGUUUCGUUUACGAAAAGCCUCAAGUUCAUGAACGUCGAAAGCCGGAUAGCCGAAGGCCAACCGAUUCCAUCAUCAUUCGCGACGUUACAGAGGACAAUUCGAUAAACGAGGCGGAAAUUUCAUCAGCGGCUUACGUAGUCGAACAUUCAUCGAGUCAACAGAGUUUCACCGAUGUCAAAGAUUCUAGUUUAUCUUCCGUACACGAGACGAUUGUUUACGACGUGCAACCUGCUCGCCAAGAUCGUCCAUCGAGCAGAACAUCGAAUAGGCCAGAAACUCCCGACAAGACACCUAAAGAAAGAGAUACCAGGCUUACCAAGCCUGGUUCGUCGACCUGGGAUGGAACUUUCGUCAUGGAGAAAUCGCCAGAAACGAAAAGACCGUCUAGCAGAGAAUCCGUUGAUAGACCGGCAGAUAAAAUUCGACCUGAACCGAGAGAAAGUCCAAUACCGAAAUCGAGAAAGCACGUCAGUGAUACUACUUUGGAUAUUCGUGAUACUUCUCAGCAAGUAUCCACUAGUUCAGAAGUCUAUAGCAAUUCCACUGUAUUGGAGCAGUCUACCACACACGAGAGUUAUACCGAUUCGUCGAACGUGGAUUACUCCACGAGUUCCGUAGAGACAGUAAUUGUUCGUAACGGCGUUCCAACGACGAUACAGAAGUCUGUGACGAUCGAAGAUAGAUCUAAGAGUCCCGAGAAGAAAACGUUGGAACAUAAAGUGUUGCAACCAGAAGACUCCAAAUCGCCUGACAAACGUCCUAAGAGCCCUAGUAAGACUGACAGCUCUUUUAGACCGUCCAAACCAGGUGCUUCAACGUGGGAUGGUUCGUUUGUUUACGAAAAAUCCGUGAAAAAGCCUACCGAUAAGAAACCAUCGACGGACGUUUCACGUCGUCCUACCGAUGAACGAGCUCCUAUUCGAAAGUCGCCAGCAGAUAAUGGAAAAUUGCCAGAAGAUAAGAAACCGACAUAUCUCACUGAAAAAUCUAUCACUUUAUCGGAUUCUACAAUGGAGACUUCUGAAUUUGUCACGUCGACGACGCUUGAACGAACUCUAGCCUCAGAUUCCGAAGUUUUUGAUUCGUCCAAGGUCUCUACAACGAUAUUUCAUGAAAUCGACGAUAAAAGACGCACCGCGGAUACCGAAAGAGAACUUCGAAGAGAGGUUCCUCGAUCACCAUCUGGAAAACAACCUGAAGACGGGAGAAAAUCUCCUGAAAGACGUCCUAAGAGUCCUGAGAAAAGUCCGGUGGAUAGAUCUAUGAGACCGACUAAACCAGGCGCGUCAACUUGGGAUGGUUCGUUUGUGUAUGAGAAGCCGCAAGAUCAGAAGAAGAAACCGGCUGACCAACAGAAGGAACCAGUAGACGAAAAAAAGAGACCAAGAGAAUCUCCCACAAGAGACGAACCUAAAGACAGACCAAGUUCUGUCAUGCCGAAAGAUGAUACGACGAAAAUUUCAGUCGUGAAACACGAUGUGACGGACACCAGGAAGGAUGUCAUGGAUAUUGAUAUAGUUCAGGAAUCUUCUUACGUAAUCGAUCAGUCGUCGUUCACCUCGGUGCAGGACGUUCGUAACGUGUUAGAGGAACGUGUCAUCAGCGAGUUUACAACGGACACGCGUAAAGAUGUGAGAGAUGUCACCAAGUCAACGACCGAAUUCAUCGACAACGAGCAGGUGACUAGUAUGGUAGCGCGGGAUGUCGUUGAUGACACCAGGUUCGACAGAUUCACCACCUCGACUCCCAAAUCUCCAGCUGGUACUCCACAGAAAGGAUCGCCGGAACGACCUGGUUAUCCACGAGGAAUCCCUGGACUGCGAGAAGACGAUCGACCAAAACCGAUUCCAGCAGCUGGGAAGCCGAGCCGACCUCCGCAACGAGAACAGAGUCCCGGGGAAAGAUAUACUGGGCCUAGGCCACAGACUCCAAGAAAAGUUCGUGACUAUGUAUCCCCGACAAGAAAACCAGUGCCCGCGGCAGGGAAACCAAGUCGCCCCGAGGAAAGACCUGGCAAGGUACCGCGUGCCGAUGAAACGGUGCCAGGCGCCAGCAAACCGACGCAACCCGAUGAGCAACCAAAGGGACCCGGGAAACCCGAUGAAAGGCCAGCCGCUGGAAAACCGAGCCGACCGGAGGAUAAACCGGAGAGAUUUGAUGACAAGCCGAAGAGAGGAGAUCAGACGCCUGACUCCCUCGAGGAGGACGAUGUUCAGCCCGGAAAACUACCCAACUACAUACUGUCCAAGAUCCCUCUGAAGGAGCAAUGCAUCUGCGAACUCUGCACCUGCGGACGACAUCGCUGUCCGCACAAUCUGCCACAAGAUCACCUUGAGAUUCCUCGAGACGGGCCCGUCCACGCGGUGACUUCCUAUCGCGAGGAAUUCGAUGAGAAACACGUCGACAAGCAGACCGUGUACCACCACGAAGACCAUCUUCGGAUGGAAGGAGAAUUCAUCGGAGAGAGGCGAACGGACUAUGUGGUGACGAGGGGCGAGAGAGCACCGGUAAGGAAACCGCAGGAUAACCUGAAACCGGAGGGUGAGUUCAUCGGUAGACCCAGGGAGGAAGCUCCGACGAAAGGAGAGAAAGCUCCAGUGAAAAAGCCGCAGGAUAACUUGAAGCCAGAAGGCGAAUUCAUUGGAAGACCGAAGGAAGAAGCCCCGAAAUAUGGAGAUCGAACGCCUGUCAGGCGACCUCAGGAUAAUCUCAGACCGGAAGGAGACUUCGACAGUACAACCACAACGGAGCUGGUGUUCACCGGUACACCCGGUGAACGUCCCAGUCCAGUACGUCGCAACACCUACACAAAGGUCGAGGGUGAAUUCAUCGACUCGACAACUACGAGAUCCGAAUACGUCGAUCAUCGAACGGUUCAACGUGCCGAGAUCAUUAAACGUACGGAUAACCUCACAGUGGGAGAGGGUGAAUUCACAGGUACCUCUCAUCAUAAAGAGGAUUUCCACACGUACGACAUAGUUGAGAGGACACCUCGACGACGAAUCGACUACACCGACGAGGAUGACCGCUUUUAUGGCAAGACCGAUAUCGUGGAAAGCACCACAACGACUCAGGAACAGUAUCAAACUUUCGAUCAAACCGACUAUAGAAGCACUGCCGUGAUUAGACGAGACGAUAAUUUGAGACCGGAAGGACCGUUUGAAGGAGUACCUCACACUAAGGACGACUACGUUGUGCCAGCGAUAACGAAGAGACCGGAACCGCAGAAACCCAAGGACAAUUUGCGACCUGAAGGACCGUUCGAAGGAAGACCGAAAGACGAUUAUAAACCAAUCGGAGGCGAAAGAGCAGACGUGAAGAGACCACAGGAUAAUUUGAAGCCCGAAGGACCGUUCGAGGGACGUCCAAAAGACGAUUAUUCACCGAAAACAGCUGAACGCCCGGAAGUUAAGAGACCUGAGGAUAACUUGAGACCAGAAGGACCGUUCGAAGGACGACCUAAAGAUGAUUUCAUGCCUAAAACAGCGGAAAGGCCAGAAGUAAGAAGGCCUCAGGAUAACUUGCGACCUGAAGGACCGUUCGAAGGCCGCCCAAAGGAUGAUUUCACACCGAAAACAGCUGAACGUCCGGAAGUAAAGAGGCCACAGGAUAAUUUGAGACCCGAAGGUCCGUUCGAGGGACGCCCAAAGGAUGAUUUUUCACCGAAGCGAGGCGAAAGACCAGAGGUUAGAAGACCUGAGGAUAAUUUGAGACCGGAAGGACCGUUCGAAGGACGUCCAAAGGAUGAUUUUUCACCGAAGCGAGGUGAAAGACCAGAGGUUAGAAGACCUGAAGAUAAUUUGAGACCGGAAGGACCGUUCGAAGGUAGACCUAAAGAUGAUUACAAACCAAUCAGAGGCGAAAGAGUUGAUGUUAAGAGACCUGAAGACAAUCUGAGACCUGAAGGACCUUUCGAAGGACGACCCAAGGAUGAUUUCACACCAAAAACAGCUGAACGUCCAGAAGUGAGGAGGCCACAGGACAAUUUGAGACCCGAAGGACCGUUCGAAGGACGUCCAAAGGAUGAUUUUUCACCAAAACGAGGUGAAAGGCCAGAGGUUAGAAGACCUGAGGAUAAUUUGAGACCGGAAGGACCGUUCGAAGGACGUCCAAAGGAUGACUUCACACCAAAAAUUGCUGAACGUCCGGAAGUGAAGAGGCCACAGGACAAUUUAAGACCAGAAGGACCGUUCGAAGGACGUCCAAAGGAUGAUUUUUCACCAAAACGAGGCGAAAGGCCAGAAGUUAGAAGACCUGAGGACAAUUUGAGACCAGAAGGACUUUUCGAAGGCAGGCCCAAGGAUGAUUACAAACCAAUCAGAGGCGAAAGAGCUGAUGUUAAGAGGCCUGAAGAUAAUCUGAGACCCGAAGGACCGUUCGAAGGACGUCCAAAGGAUGAUUUCACACCUAAAACAGCUGAACGUCCGGAAGUGAAGAGGCCACAGGACAAUUUGAGACCCGAAGGACCGUUCGAAGGACGUCCAAAGGAUGAUUUUUCACCAAAACGAGGUGAAAGACCAGAGGUUAGAAGACCUGAGGAUAAUUUGAGACCAGAAGGACCGUUCGAAGGCAGGCCAAAGGAUGAUUACAAACCAACCAGAGGCGAAAGAGCCGAUGUUAAGAGGCCUGAAGAUAAUUUGAGACCCGAAGGACCGUUCGAGGGACGUCCAAAGGAUGAUUUCACACCUAAAACAGCUGAACGUCCGGAAGUGAAGAGGCCACAGGAUAAUUUAAGACCGGAAGGUCCGUUCGAAGGACGUCCAAAGGAUGAUUUUACACCCAAACUAGGUGAAAGACCAGAGGUUAGAAGACCUGAGGACAAUUUGAGACCGGAAGGACCGUUCGAAGGUCGACCUAAAGAUGAUUUCUUGCCGAAAACGGCGGAAAGGCCAGAAGUGAGAAGACCUCAGGAUAAUUUAAGACCUGAAGGACCAUUCGAAGGACGACCCAAGGAUGAUUAUGUGCCAACCAGAGGUGAACGUGCGGACGUGAAACGUCCAGAAGAUAAUUUGAGACCAGAGGGUCCGUUCGAAGGAAGGCCUAAAGAUGAUUUCUCACCGAAAACAGCUGAACGUCCAGAGGUAAAGAGACCACAAGAUAAUUUGAGACCGGAAGGUCCAUUCGAAGGACGUCCUAAGGAUGAUUUCACACCGAAAACAGCUGAACGUCCUGAAGUCAGAAGACCACAGGACAAUCUUCGACCCGAAGGACAGUUUGAAGAUCGCCCAAGACACGAAUAUACCCCUGGUGAGAGACGUACACCUAUUAAACACCCAGAUAACUUGUAUCCCGAAGGAGAAUUCGAGAGACCAUCGCCUGUCCCCUAUGGUCCUGGUGAAAGAGCGCCGAUUGUCCGACAUCCGGAUGAGCUGUUUCCUGAAGGCGAUUUUCCAGGUAGAGAACGUGUUCCAUUCGUCCCAGCUGAACGUAGAACGCCCAUUAAGCACGAUGAUAACCUUCGUCCUGAGGGACUUUUCGAAGGUAGACCUAAGGAUGAUUAUAAACCAACGAGAGGUGAACGUGCUGAUGUGAAGCGUCCUCAAGAUAACUUGAAACCGGAGGGUCCAUUUGAAGGAAGGCCUAAAGAUGAUUACAAACCAACCAGAGGUGAACGUGCGGACGUGAAACGUCCAGAAGAUAAUUUGAGACCAGAGGGUCCGUUCGAAGGAAGACCUAAAGAUGAUUUCUCACCGAAAACAGCUGAACGUCCAGAGGUAAAGAGACCACAAGAUAAUUUGAGACCAGAAGGUCCAUUCGAAGGACGUCCUAAGGAUGAUUUCACACCGAAAACAGCUGAACGUCCGGAAGUCAGAAGACCACAGGACAAUCUUCGACCUGAAGGACAGUUUGAAGAUCGGCCGAGACACGAAUAUACUCCUGCUGAAAGACGCACACCUAUUAAACAUCCAGAUAACUUGUAUCCCGAAGGAGAAUUCGAGAGACCAUCGCCUGUUCCUUAUGGUCCGGGCGAAAGAGCGCCGAUUGUCCGACAUCCGGAUGAGCUGUUUCCUGAAGGCGAUUUUACAGACAGAGAACGUGUUCCAUUCGUCCCAGCUGAACGUAGAACGCCUAUUAAGCACGAUGAUAACCUUCGCCCUGAAGGUCCUUUCGAAGGAAGACCUAAAGAUGAUUUCUCACCGAAAACAGCUGAACGUCCGGAAGUGAGGAGACCUCAGGACAAUUUGAGACCAGAAGGUCCUUUCGAAGGAAGACCUAAAGACGAUUACAAACCAACUAGAGGAGACCGUGCCGACGUAAAACGUCCUCAAGAUAAUUUGAAACCUGAAGGACCCUUCGAAGGUCGUCCAAAAGAUGAUUUCUCUCCAAAAACAGCCGAACGUCCCGAGGUUCGAAGACCUCAGGACAAUUUGUAUCCUGAAGGCGAAUUCGAGAGACCAGAAAAGCCUACGGUUGGUCCAGCAGAGAAACGCACACCGAUUAAACAUCCGGAUAACCUCAAACCCGAAGGAGAAUUCGUUGGUAAGCCUAAAGAUGAUUUCACUCCGACUAAAGGCGACAGAGCUGUUGUUAAGAGACCCGAAGACAAUUUGAAACCAGAAGGUCCAUUCGAGGGCAGGCCUAAGGACGACUAUCAACCGGUUCAUGGCGAACGAAUGGAUAUCAUCAGACGCACGGACAAUCUUCGAAUGGAAGGUAACAUCGAAACUUACAGAUCAAGAGACGAAUAUACGGACUUCUUGAUUCGCGAGAGAACCGAAGUUACCAAGUAUCAAGACAAUUUGCGCAUGGAAGGCGAAUUUAUCGAUGUUAGGACCAGAGACGAUUUCAAGGUUGUAAGAGGCGAGAGAGUUGAUAUCGUGAAGCAUCCUGACAAUUUGAGACCGGAGGGACCAUUCGAGGGUCGUCCAAAGGACGAUUAUUCUCCUAAGAGAGCAGAGAGGCCGGAAGUAAAGAGACCAGAAGAUAAUCUCAAACCAGAAGGAGAAUUUAUUGGCAGACCAAAAGAGGAAGCGCCUAAACAAGGUGAGAGGGCUCCGAUUAAGAAACCUAAAGACAAUUUGCGACCCGAAGGGGAAUUUGAGAGGCCAGAGAAGCAACCCGUUGGUCCUGCUGAAAAGAGAACUCCGAUCAAACAUGCUGAUAAUUUGAAACCCGAAGGGGAAUUUGAAAGACCUAAACCAGAAGAGUUUAAACCCGCUGAAAGGCCAAUCGUCAAGAAACCAACAGACAAUCUAAAACCAGAAGGAGACUUCGUUGGUCGGCCGAAAGAGGAAGCACCGCGAAAGGGCGAACGAGCGGACGUAAAGAGACCAAAGGACAAUUUAUAUCCUGAAGGAGAAUUCGAAGUUCCAGAGAGGAAGCCUGUUGGUCCAGCUGAGAGAAGAACACCGAUCAAACACGAGGAUAAUUUGCGCCCUGAAGGUGAUUUCGAAAGACCGCAACCUGAAAAAUUCAGACCUGCCGAGAGACCAGUUGCGAAGAGGCCUCAAGACAACUUGAAACCUGAAGGAGAAUUUAUUGGGCGACCAAAGGAAGAGUCACCGACUAAGGGAGAGAGGGCUGAUGUUAAGAGACCGGAAGAUAACCUGAAACCAGAAGGUACUUUCGAAAGACCUGAGAAGCAACCCUUGGGGCCAGCUGAGAAACGUACUCCUAUUAAACAUCCUGAUAACUUGAAGCCAGAAGGUGACUUUACCGGAAAGCCAAAAGAAGAAGCUCCUAAACGUGGAGAACGCGCAGAUAUCAAGAGACCACAGGAUAAUCUACGUCCGGAAGGUGAAUUUGAGAAACCAGAAAAAUCUCCAGUGAAACCUGCUGAGAGAAGAUCUCCGAUUAAACAUCCCGAUAAUUUGAAACCCGAAGGAGAAUUCGUUGGCAGACCAAAGGACGAUUACAAACCGAUUAGAGGAGAACGCGCCGAUGUUAAAAGACCCGAGGAUAAUCUUAAACCCGAGGGACCAUUCGAAGGUCGUCCUAAAGACGAUUUUGUUCCUGUUCGUGGUGAACGAGUAGAUAUCGUCAAACGUACGGACAACUUGCGAAUGGAAGGAAAUAUAGAGACUUACAGGUCCAGAGACGAAUAUACGGACUUCUUAAUUCGCGAAAGAGCCGAGGUCACUAAGUAUCAGGAUAAUUUGCAUAUGGAGGGCGAGUUCACUGAUAUCAGAACGAGGGACGAUUUCAAGGUAGUGAAAGGAGAGCGUGUGGAUAUCGUGAAACAUCCGGAUAAUCUGAAACCGGAAGGUCCGUUCGAGGGUCGACCGAAAGACGAUUACUCGCCUAAAAAAGCAGACAGACCAGAGAUAAAGAAACCAGAGGACAACCUGAAACCCGAGGGAGAAUUCGAAAGACCUGAAAAGAAACCUGUUGGUCCAGCGGAAAGACGUUCACCUAUAAAACACGAUGACAAUUUGAAACCUGAAGGUGAGUUUAUCGGACGUCCGAAGGAACAGGCACCGAAGAAAGGUGAAAGAGCAGACGUGAAGAAGCCAAAGGACAAUUUGAAACCAGAAGGUACCUUUGACAGGCCAGAGAAGAAGCCGAUGGGCCCUGCUGAGAGGCGCAGUCCAAUUAAACAUCCGGAUAAUUUAAAAACACAGGGAGAAUUCGUUGGUCGUCCUAAGGAAGAAACGCCAUUGAAGGGCGAACGUGCGGAUAUUACCAGGCCGAAGGAUAAUCUAAAACCGGAAGGGGAAUUCCAGAGACCGCAGAAAUCGCCUGUUGGUCCAGCCGAGAAGAGAACGCCUAUACGUCACGAAGACAAUCUUCAUCCUGAAGGAGAAUUCGUAGGAAGACCUAAAGACGACUUUACUCCAAAACGGGUUGACAGGCCGGUUCAGAAGAAGCCAAAGGAUAACUUGAAACCGGAGGGUGAAUUUAUAGGCAAGCCUAAGGACGAUUAUAAGCCUACAAAGGGCGAGAGAACAGAGAUAGUCGUUCACAGAGAUAAUUUGAAAAUGGAGGGUGAUAUGGAUGUACGUCGGUCAAGGGACGAUUACAAGACGAUCACCAAGGUGGAAAGAGUCGAUGUAGUUCGUCGAGAGGAUAACCUGAAGAUGGAGGGUGAGUUCGUGGAUAUUCGAAGACGAGACGACUACAGAGUGACACGCGGUGAACGCAGCGAGAUUAUCAGACACGAAGAUAAUUUGAGACCCGAAGGAGAAUUCGAGAGACCCGAUACGUGUUCGAUUGGUCCAGCUGAGAGAAGAACGCCUAUCAAGCAUCCUGAUAAUUUGAAACCCGAAGGCCAAUUCGCUCAACGUCCUAAAGUUCCUACGCCAACCAAAGGAGAAAGGGCUCCGAUGAAGAAACCUAAAGACAAUCUUAGACCCGAAGGAGAAUUCGACAGACCCGAGAAGGCGCCUGUUGGUCCCGCAGAGAGAAGAACACCGAUUAAACAUCCUGAUAAUUUGCAUCCAGAAGGAGAUUUUGUCGGAAGGCCAAGACAAGACACGCCAACUAAAGGGGACCGUGCUGACGUGAAGAGACCAAAGGACAAUUUACAUCCUGAAGGUGACUUUGCUAAACGAACGCCUCAGAAGGUUGGUCCAGCCGAGAGACGCACACCGAUUCGCCACGAGGACAACCUUCAUCCCGAAGGAGACUUCUAUAUGGUGCCUAAAGACGAUUUCACGCCUAAGAGAGGCGAACGAGCGCCAGUUAGAAAGCCGCAAGAUAAUUUGAGGCCAGAAGGCGAAAUGGAUGUCAGUCCAUCUUCUAAAGAUGACUAUAGACACGUGAACGGAGAACGAGUGGAAGUUCGUCGACACGAGGAUCAUCUGAGAAUGGAAGGAGAGAUAGACGUUCGUAGAUCCAGGGACGAUUACAAGAAGAUCACGAAGGUGGAAAGGGUGAAUGUUAGAAAGCACGAGGACAACCUCAAGAUGGAAGGUGAAUUUAUCGAUGUACGCAGGAAAGAUGAUUACACGUACGUAAUCAGCGAACGUACGCCGGUUAAGAAGCACCCUGACAAUCUUCGACCGGAAGGAGACUUCGAAAGGCCUGGAAAGUCUCCUCUGGGACCGGGUGAAAGACGUUCGCCUAUUAAACAUCCUGAUAAUCUGAGACCAGAAGGUGAUUUCGAGCGUAGAACACCGGAUAAGGUUGGUCCGAUAGAACGUCGAUCUCCAAUUCGUCAUGUGGACAAUUUGAAACCAGAAGGAGACUUUGUCGGAAGACCUCGCGACGAUUUCACACCGAAGAGAGGAGAAAGAGCGGAGGUAAUUCGUCGAGAGGAUAACUUGAAGAUGAUCGGCGAGUUCCAAGACUCCACUUCUCAGAGAUCCACGUAUACGGUGGUUCGUGGAGAACGCGCUGAGAUUAAACGUCACGAGGAUAAUUUGAAGGUGAGCACAGGUGCCAUGGAAACGAAGACAACUUCCAGAGACACGUUUACGCCGGCCAAGAAAGAAGUUCCUACGCCUGGUAGAGCCGUGACUCGCAGACAUCACAUGGAGUCUUCGAUUACCUUAGGAGACGACACUUCUACGAUGUCUACGACUACUCAGAGGAACUACAACACUUUCACCAAACGCACUGCCAAGGAAGUUGCCGCAAAGAUGAGCAGCAUGGAAACAGACACCAGGAGAAGCGUUUCUACUGAAUCGAAGACCGUAGAAAAUGGAACGACGAUUACGACUACGAAGAGAACGAGUGGAGAGAGAUUCUCAUCGGCUCAGAACGUUCAGCACCAAUCUCAGCGUGUGAUAACGGAUCAUCGUGCCGUACAACCCGAUGGUCCUCAGCCAGACUCUAGAAAGUCUCUGUCAACUGUUUCAGGCAAUCAGCACUACAUAAGCGAACACCAUCAAAGAGCACAGUCGAGCGAAAGACAUUUGAGAUCGCAGAACGUGACUCAAACGCGACGAGUUAUCGACGACAGGUCUCUCGCGGAUGUGCAAAACCACCAGGGUGUCAUGGUCGAUGGAAGAUACAGCGAACAACAGAGGCAGCAAAUCGAAAAACAUCAACAAGAGACAAGCAAAAGGGACUACGUUAACACUCAACACAUCGAGUCUCGACAGACUGCAACCAGACAGAAGCAACAACACGAACAGCACACAGUUUCCAGCCAAGCUCGCUAUAACUCCAACCAGACGAGCAGUGCCGAAUUCAGGCAAGCCAUCAGCGGCCAAUCUAUGGAGAAAUUGCAAAUGGACGGUGCUGUGACGAAGACCAGCCACCACAGGAAGAACGUAAUCUCUUCGUCGUCCGCGGACGUUACUAACUCGGUUCUUCACAGACGCAGAGCCACUUCGUCCACGGAGGCUCUUCACACGAUCUCUUCCACAGCCGCUGAUCAAAAGAAGAGUAUCUCGAAUUUGGCAGAGAGCGGCCAGUACAUCAGCAAUUCGAGUCAGAGCAGCGAUCGACGUAGUUUGACCUCUUUACAUCGCAGCACUAAAGAAGGAAAUCCUUGGGCGUCGUCGACCUACGAACGUCCACAGAGAAUCGUUCGACAGGACAAUUUAACAGUAGGUGGCAAGUUCUAUUCGCACAGCGAGGCGAAGAAUUAUGGAAAUUUCACCAGUCAGAAGGUAGAAAGAGUGCAGAGACAGUCGAACGUAUCGCACAUCAAUCUAGGAGAUGGAAGCAUGGUCACUUCGAGCAUGUACAAGAAGGAGUACACGCCCAGACACAAAGGACCCUGUCCUGCGGCGCUUAUCGAGGCCAAACAGACGCCUUUCAAGCACACCAGAGACACGCAGAAGCACAAGUUCUAUAUGCCCGUCAUCUCUAAUUAAAAUAAGUUUCCUUUUCUGCCAUAGAGAUUAUAUUAUAAAAGCAACUGUAACAGUCGGAGGGUCUCGAGAUAUUAUUUGUUUCUUUUCGCGAGGUUUUUCAGAAUACUUAGUAUUUUCUUCUGGAUGAAGCGUACGGUACUGGUCGGAAAUUUGGAAUCAUUGUAAUUCAAUGAUUUAAGAGAAAGUUAACUAAGAAUUUUGCGUUAACCGGGAAAGUUCUGUCGUUAAAGAUUUACCGAAGCGAAAGGAAUCGUUAUCGAUAUUUACAGUAUUAAUUUCGAAUGGAUAUCGAAACCGGUAGAGUCCGAGACUUGAAAAGAAAUCUCGGCUAAGAAUUUUCUAUUAUUUUAAAAACUUGUUUCGCAAAAUAUUUAUUCAAAUAACGGAAAUUGUAGUAACAUGAAAAUUAGCGAAAACUUCGAUGUAAAUGCAACUAAAAAAGUAGGUAAUUCGAAAUUUUUGAUCGGUAGCGUACGCUCCAAAGAUCGGAGAUUCGUUAUACGUCUCGAAUGGGAUUAGGUCUAAGCUAAAUUUGCGGGCUGUGAUGAACUCGUGUCGUUCGAUAUUUAUUUCGUCAAGAAUCUCUAGAUAUCCCUUUCGUCGUUCUGCAAUCGGCGUGCUCGUAGAGGAUCGAUACUGACAUAUGGAACUGUGUGAAUUACUUAUAAAAGUACACUUUUAUGCGCGUAAACAUAUACAUACGUAAAAUAUAUACAUACACACAUAUGCAUAUAUCCGUACCAUGUCAAUAUAAUAGUUUUAUCCUUCGAGAAGGAUAAGGUGAGCGCGAUGUUGAAAAAAGUUCUUCGUCGAUAUAAAAAUGGUUAUCGAACAAAAAAAGAAAAAAAGAAAAAUAAAAAAAAAUGGCUAAUGAUACUUGGACCGAGAGAUGCGGAUGCGAGAUGACACGCAGAUGAAAAAUCGAGUUAAGAUUUAUUUUCACCUUAAGCCACGUGUAUUACAAAGCAAUAACUAGAGCUUAAAUCCGUGAUACGGACGAAUCUAAUUGAAACAUUAGGUUCGACCGAUAUUUAGAAUAGAUGCGACGUUUCGAGUCGCACGUAGCGUUCUUUCUCGACCAGCUUCGUUUUUAUAUUUAACCGUUUCUUUCGCCUUGCUGACAAAUAGACUGCGGAUGCUUAUGCAUUUGUGGAAAUGCACAAAACGCGCGGCAACAUCUGGCAUAUCCGUCACAGGUGAGAAAUACGAUCGGUUUUUUUAUAAUAAAGCAAAUUUAUAUCAAAACUGUCCUUCGCGCAUGAUUUUCAGGCUAUUGUCAUUUUCCUGGAACUCGGUUAAAUUAGCUGAUUUUCCUUCCUUACGAUACAUCCAUCGACUAUCAUUGGGAAGCUUACGCGUAUCUGCGAAUCUACAUAUCAAGUUACGCCUUUCUUUAAUUAUUUCAUAUCGAAACGAGAUUUUUCGUUUUAGAAAAUAUAUGAAAUCGUAUGACAAAAAUCGGAAAAUAAAAAAAAGGGAACGGACUUGUCAUACUUUUCCCCCGUAGUCCUCGUAUUUAACGAACGAAAAAGAAAUCUUACGUUGCGUCAUUCUACUUGUGCUCGUAGAAAGUAUGAAAAUAUGAAUUACUGUAUAAACAUCCACAGUCUACCGAUAACCGUAUCAUCCCCCGUCCUCUAUGUUUCCUUUAACAACCCCGUGAUUUACAUUAACCUUCGGUAUCGUUCGAAUAGACGAGUCAUGUACGUUGUGAUGUUAACAUUUCCGGCAGGGCUUCGCGAAGAAGUCGAGCGUUUUCCGGUUUCAUCGGUUCGUUCGACGCUACGAUGCUUGUUCCCAUUAUGGAACUAAUUAUUAUAUUAUUCAUUUCUUGUUUCCUAUUUUUUUUUAUUUUUUCGCCUUUUUAUUUUGAUCCGUUUACACCAGGUGUUAUGUGUUUUCGAUCGAAUAAAAAUGUUUCGCAAUUACUUCUUGACCUUGCAUUUCCCCUCCUCGAGUAUCACUUUCGUUAUUCUCUGGCUUUUCUUUCAAUUGUAUUUUAUAUAAUCGUUGCAUUUAGUCCUUUUGAUAACGUUUAAAUCGUAAUAGACGAUCGUCUGGUAGGUGAUAGAUUAUACGCGUAGGUGUAUGGUUACACGUAACUGCACUCGAGUCACGAAACAAGAUUUUCUUUUCACCAGACCAAGAGCUGUUCGCGAGGAAUGUGAACAACGAGAGCUCCAUGGACUUGGCUACGGUUUCUUUUACUUUGUCCGAAGACCACGUGGAAAGAAUACGAUAAGCGGUGUAUAUCUUUAAACCUGAGAAAUUGUGUCGCUUCUUUAGCCGCCAGCUGACAUCGAGAAACUAAGAGCUCGGCAAAAAUAAACUUGUCACGUUUUCCCCGUGUGCUCUUCGUUUUCCUACACGUAUAACUAACUCGUUCUGUUAACCUGAUUUAAGUAAAUGAUUACACGUUCAAGUUAUAUUUUAUGCGUUUAGUCUUUUCUUACUAAUUCUACAGCGAACGAUGAACAACUCGAGUAUGUAUACUAAGAUUUACGUAUCAUCGAGUGAAAGAAUUCUAUCGUAACACUUACAGAAGCAAACAGGAUCACGAUGACACCGAUCGCAUUAAGAUGUUGUAAAUACGUGCGAUCGAAUUUAUCAACGUUGUUGACGAAACUAGAAGGCAACCGUUUGUUAUGAAAUAUUUGUAUCCGAAGUUAUUAUCGCGACUUUGUCGAAUGAGUUUUUAACGAUUGUAACAAUGCGGACAAGUGGAAGAGAAGCGAGAAACAUCGUUCGAAUAUGGUUUAUGUAUAAGUACAUAUAACGUGUCAUCGUGUCUAAUUCCUAAUAAAGAAAUUAUUUUCUGUAUCGUAA